GGGAAUCUGGCCCUGCUGGGGAGACACCAGGGCUCAGCCUGAGCCUCUGAGACUUCCGUGGAGCAGAGCACCGUGCCCGCUCUGGUGGGGCCAUCAACUGCCGGUUUCCUGGGGGACUGCGUCAGGCUGAGGUGUCCUUUGGCUCCUGAAGGGCUUUAGUGAGACCACCUGAAAAAUGUGUGUUAGAAACACGUGGGUCCUCGGACAGGGGUGGGCUGAAGGGCUCUGCGGCGCUGCCCCCCCAGGAUGACAUGUCUUCCCCUUGUUUUCCCAGAGUUCGCUAAGAUUUGGGACAGUGCAUCGUGUUACCUCAGCCAACAGCUGGCUCUGCACCAGGACGUCCACAUUCCUGGACUUGGGACUUUUGCGGUUGUCAGUCAGCAAGUAGCUAGCAAGAAAGACCUGGUGGUAGUGGCGAGACCUGUGUUUCAUCUUGCAAACACUAUUAUGCAGGACCAUGGCCUCCGAUACAGUCACACCGACGUUCCUGGUCAUCGACGUUUUCAGCAACUGCCGUGCGCUCGGAUAGCCUCAGACAACGCUGUCUCUGAAAGCGCAGUGCGGUUUUGCAUUGAAAGGACCAUCCGUCUUUUCCAAGCCUGCCUGGAGAACAGGCAGGACGUUGCCCUCGUUUGGAGGGCCGUGGCCGUGGUGAUCAUCCAGGGCAAAGACGUGCGCACAAAAUUUUACACGGACUUUCUGCAGCGGCUGAACGGGACUGACAAGAUGUUGCAAGCUCUUCUGGAGAUGCCAGAGAUGAGGGACUCGGUCAUCUCGUCCCGUGACACUGCCGCCUCCCAGACCUCUCUGGGACAUGUUAUUGUUCUACCAGGGUACAAGCUUGGGAGCGUGGCUAAAAUGCCAGGAGUGAAAGCUGACCUGAGAGGGCAUGUGAAUGCCACCCCAGAAGGCAGGGGAAAAGGUUUUAGUAGUGGAAAAAAAGAGGAUCUUCCCGAGAAGAGCCUCCUUCAUCGAGCAAAGCUGGCUCCAAAUCGGUUGUCUGCAAUAACUGCAAAGUCAGAGCAGGCUCAGAAAGCUGAGGGGAGUGAGCCCCCUGCCAGGCAGCUGAUGCCCACCCAGGGAACCAUCUUGAAGGAAGAGGAGGAGAAAGAGAAAGUGUUUCCUGGGGGCGCAAUCAGAACAGUGGACUUCAUUGCCAGAGCGAUUGAGACGAGAGAAAAGGUACGUGACAUGGGCUGCUGCAGUGGCUGUGCCGUACUGGACUGUAGAGAAGCAUCGCUCCGUGCAUAUCAACUCUUACAAGAUGCCUCACAGUGUGUUAGCAACCGACUAGUUGCUUUGAGGCUUGCAUGAAGAGAGGAGGGUUGCCGUGUCAUUUGAGAAUAUCCUUUUCAUUUUUUCACUUCCAUUAGCCUCACGAAGCAUCCCAAAGACCUUCCUUGUGGAUGUUUCUGUUGGCAGUGUUGCAAGGCUUGGCUGGGAUAGCCAGCUGCCAGGUGGUUUCUAGCCUGGUGGUCACUUAGCGCCUUGGGCAUUACAGACAGGGUCUUAGGUGGAGCCUGCAGGAACCUGGGAGAACACCAGUGCGGACAGAAAGGCAGAAGAGAAGGGGCAGAGUGGGUAGGAAUGAAACCAGCUCAGCUCUCUAGAGGGCAGACUAAUGCUGCCCGCUGUUGCAUUUUGGUCACCCUCCAGGAUAAACAGUUAAAGGGGAGUCAGAAGCUUCCAAAACACAUCCAGAAAUACUUGGCUGAGGAGGAAAAGAAGAAAGAAGAGCAGAUGGAAGAGAAAACAAGAGAACAUCAAACCGUGCCAGCAACUAAAGCGAAGCCUGGGAGAGAAGAGGAGACACUGAAAAGCCAGGUACUUUGAAUUCCUGCAGAAAAAGAGCACGUUCCCCUUCAGGAAGACUGAGAUUGCGCUGUACCUCUUGCACCCAAGCCAGCACAGUAGCGAUGCUGCAGUGAAGCUGAGCGGGUGACUGCUGCCUUUCUUGAGCCAGAGGGGUGACAGUAGUAGUGAGACCCUGGUGACCCUCAGGCAUCACCCCAAGGGUGUGCUGAGGUUGUUCUCCUGGUGUUUCCUGUCCCACUAGUGACCUGAAGUGAUCUGGGGGUCUGCAUGCUGGGAAGUGAUACCCUGGGGGUGUGGGGCUGUUGUAUGAGAGUUUUUCCUGUGGAGGAAUUCAGCACCUCUGAGCGAUCAUCAAUCUUCUCUCUGACUGGCUGGGAGAUGGAGGAGUUGAGCACCACCUUCAUGGGCAUGAUGACGAAGGAUUGGGAAGAUGCCGGGGAAGAGCCACCCACAGUCCCUGAGGAAGACCCUGUUCCCCCUAAGCGAAGCCUUUCCCCACGGACAGAGCGGGCCCUGCGGGAGGUGGUGACGUGCAUUCUGAGGCAUGUCGCCCGCAAGCGCAGGAGGCAGAGGGAUGAGCAGGCAGAUGUGCAGGACAAGCUCAAGUGCGAGCUGGCGGUGCUGCAGUGGCAGCGUUCGGGGAGAGAGGUAGGCAGCAGCCAGCUGGGGGAAGAUGGACCCCGACCUGCACCCCCUGCUUGGCCAGGGAAGAGGACGGCAGGACCGGUGCCGGUCUCCGGGAGCGUGGAGGAGGAGGAGGAGGAAAAACGCAAGCUCUGGGACUCGUUGCGCAAGAAGUACCAGCAGAAGACGAGGGCGAAAGUGGCACCCCGGAAAGCUUGGAAUGCAAAGCAAGAGCAAUGGGAGGUCCAGGUACUGCCGCAGGGAAAAACAAUUAGGAAAAGAGCAUUCCUGUCCUCCAGGGAGCCAAGGUCCCUAAGGCAUAGGAGCGUGGGG